AUGCUUUCCAAAUUUCUCUCCAACUGGAUUGAACUCAUUCAAGUACUACUUUGGACUUCAUUACUCACAGGCUUGUACUUGUUGACAACAAUGGCUCUGAGCGGUCAUUGGACGAUGACAUUUGCUGAUAUUUGGCUAGAACCCAUUGGGUGGACUUAUCCGGACAUCACCGUGAAGAUGAGUGACCGAAUUUCGCUAUACUUGAUGUACAUCGCGUUUUCGUGUUACACCGUUGGAGCAAUCUUGACACCAAUUGCAAUGUAUUUUGUUGCCAGAAACGAUCGACUUGUCUUUCCAAUAAGACUCUUCGCGUUUGCCGAAAUUUUGACCCGUUUUGUAAUUUGUCUCUACUAUAUGUUGCUCAAUCUAUGUGAGCUUUCCAAUUACUGGCUACCCAAGAAAAAAAGGAGUCAAGUGGCGGUCAAUCUAAGCCAAAAGAACGAAAAAAAGGCUUCAAGAAGCGAACGACUCUUGAUGACACAGAUGUUAGUCAACUCAGCUCUGACACUUGCUCAAACGAUUCUACUGGAUGUUUUCUAUCUCAUCGCGCCUUUCCUUUUCAAUGAUAAUCUGCGAGCUCUUUUCCCGUUAUGCAUGCAAACUUUCAGGAUAUUUUGCUUCAGUUUUGCUGCAAGG